UUACGUCGCUUUUUCGGCCAGCGAAUCAAACAGCAAACAGCGAGCAUUCGAAACGGACAUUUGGCUUAACGGCUAACUCGAAGCUAUAAAUUGGACAUCAAAAUUGGAUUACAUAAAAUAAAUAACAAAAAUUCAACAAAGUGAACACGAAAAGUUAAUAACAAUUAUUUUGUAUGCCGGUUUCUUCUUGACAAGUUUGAUCCCAAGCCCCGACAUCAGCAACAGCGACCAGCAUGAAAGGCUGGUUCGACGCGUUUCGAGACGAUGGGGGACCAACGCUAUAUUCCUUCUCAAAUCGAACUCCCGUCACCGGAGAUGUCUCCAUAGUAGCCGUCUCGGUACUAUUUGCCACAUUCUAUGUGGCAUUUUUAGUCAUAUUUCCGGGUGUGAGAAAACAGAAGUUUACAACAUUUUCGACCGUCACACUGAGCCUUUUCGUGGGCCUAGUCAUACUAAUCACCCGGCUGGGCUCCGCGUGGCAUGUGGCACAUGCAACCAUCAUCGCGCCGUACAAAGCCUUCUCACGCGAGAAGCUCCCAGCGCGCAUCGGCACCCACAUUGGCCUCAUGCAUGUCAAUGUGACGCUGACGGCGAUUCCCAUUGGCAACUGGACCCCACCGGACAUUGACUACAAUGAGCGCUUCACCUGGGAGGGGGCCAACGACAUGAGCGCCAACUACCGCCACGCCCUCCAGCGGGGACUGCCCUUUCCCAUUUUGACCGUGGCCGAGUACUUCAGUUUGGGCCGCGAGGGAUUCUCGUGGGGUGGCCAGUACCGGGCCGCCGGAUACUUUGCGAGCAUUAUGCUCUGGGCCUCGCUGGCCUCGUGGCUCCUGAUGAACCUGCUGCUGAUAGCCGUUCCCCGAUACGGGGCCUAUAUGAAGGCCCUGACCGGAGCCCUUCUGGUCUGCACCACGGUGGGCUAUCAUUGCCUACUUCCGAAGCGACCUUUGUGUAUUUACCUCGAGGGCGGGCGCCUGGAGUUCCACUUCGGCUGGUGCUACUGGCUUGUUUUGGUGGCAGGUAUUCUCUGCUUCAUUGCGGGUGUUCUGAUCUCCAUAAUCGACCUGGUGUGGCCGCACACCUUCUCCACGGUGCUGGAGGUGUACUACGGCACCCCAUACGAUCGCCAUGUGAUCCUGGAGGAGUCCAGUGAUGUGCGGUAUCGCAAGCCGCGCAACAGUCGCAGCCUGGAGGAUCCACCAGGAUUGGGUUCCCGCAUCCUGCGGCGCCUCAGCUCCAAGGCUCGGGACUUGCAACCUGGCAUGGCCCCGCGUCGUGAUAGUCCCGCUGGAGUGUCGAGCAGUGGGGGAGUGGAGAACAAGGGAUUCCAGUCGGAUGCUCCGAAGAGUCCUUGGCGCUAUCCCUUCCGAAGGUCGCAGCAAAUUUCGCAGACACAGCACUCGCAUCCGCUGCACCAGCACCCGUUGCAGCAACAUCAUCAGCAUCAGCACCACCACCAGCAGCAGUUGCAGUUUGUGGGCGGACCGGUGGUGCAGCAGCAUCCCAUGCACCACAUGCAGCGCACCAUGUCGCAGGACUCGGGAUCCAGCAUCGCCUCGGCGACCGUGCAAAUCUCCCCGCUGCACAAGCAUGCUUUGUCGCGAAUGUUACCUAAUCCCCCAGUGGAGCGAAUUCGUGAUAUGGAUCACUGGUGAUUGCCAUUGGACAAACCAUAAAAAUCUACCAUUUUUAUUGGGCUAAAUUAAAUCUUGACUAAUUGGAAAUAAUUUUAAAGCAAAACAUGAAAACAAAACCAUUUGUGAUAAUUUCUUAACUUAAAACCAAUUCAACACAAAAUAGGAUGGAAAAUAUUUAAUAAUUGACAAGAUCACAUAUUUUUACCUUGAUUAAACGAAUAACGAAAACGAUGUUAAACUUAACUAUAACUUUAAUUAAAUUAUUUUAAAUGUUAAGCUAACCUUAUAAUAAUGAAUGACGAAUCAAAUUUAGGUUUAAACGUGUUUUUAGUGAUGUUUACUUGUGAUAAGAAAUCCUGCCACACACGCACACAAAAACAGACAAACACUAUAAAAGGACGAAGAAAAUCAGAUGUUUAUGUUUAAUGAGUAAUUUAUUAUUUGUAAUAUGAAUUCAAUGCCAGUGUCUAUAACGAAUAAGUUGAAAAAAAUGUGUAAAAUCCGCUUAAGUUUAAUGUGUAAGCUUGACAAUGUUUUAAAGCGAUAAGAUUGGAAAAAAAUACGAUGACCUAAAAGGCA